CCUUCAUCGGGCUUGUCUUACCUGCUGGUAUACCUCAGCUCGGCGUAAGUAAUUGUGCCGGUACACGAUUCAGAGGCAUUCUUGGAAACAGAUGAGAAACGCAGGUUCCUUGGACUUGCGCAGCUAUAGAUGAUUUGAAAGCCUGAGUAACAAGAAUCUGCAGCCUAUGUACUCACGGUACCGGACAUAAAAAGUCCCAGAAACGGCUCGCGAAGCUGAGUCUGAAUUCUACAAUGACUCAAAAGGACAAAUGCGAUGUUUGCCGACAUCGCAAAGUGAAGUGUGACGAGCAACGCCCUAUAUGCGGGCAAUGCAAGAAGAAGAAUCGCCCUUGUGCAUAUGAAUAUUCACAUACCUCGCGUUUCGCUAAAGUGCGAACCAAUGAAUCGGGUACAGACCCUACGUAUCUCACAAUUCAUGACACACGAGACGGACGUAUAAUCUCCAUGAAAGCCGGCCCAGAACCUUCCGAAGGGAUGGCUAAGGCGUUAAUGAUCCGAUCAAUAAAGGAAGCUGGGUCGGGAGAUGGGGUCUUCUACACCUUCAGGACGGUACUCAAAGCAAGACACCGCAACCCGAGUAGCAGAGGACUUUCUUAUAUGCGGAAAGUUGGCGUACCGCGACCAUUGGUAUCUCGCGAAGUUUACCUAUGCGCGGAGUUCUCAGAUAUGCUGGGCGAGAAGAAUUUUGACUGGACUUCGACCUUCCUGUGGGGUGGCUGGAUAUCAUCGGUUCCCGGAAGACUCGGUGUGAAUCCAGCGCUCGAUGAUGCAGCAGAUUGUUUCGUGUCUGCAAAUGUUGCUUAUUACAGCAAAAAGGGAAUAGGCGAUACGAGCGCGAGUAAGAAGUACAACGCUGCCAUAGUGAGCUUGCAGAAAGUCCUCGACGCGGACGAUCAUAUGAGGUUUGCAACUGAAACAUUAGCGGCGGUGAAUCUCCUUCUGUUGUUUGAGGAGGUGCUCGAUUUUGGUCAACUGAGGUGGCAGUCGCAUUACAGGGGACUUAUCCAGCUACUCUUGGCACGAGGACCUCAAGUAAAAGCGGAUGACAUGAGUCGAUCCUUGUUUUAUGCUGCGCUAAAUCAUGAUUUUUCGGAGUCUAUCUGGGGAGGCUCCCAAUCGACAUUUGACUCAUCGGAGUGGCUAAACUUGCCACCGCCGGAGAAUCCAGAAAAGGAAUGUGAAGACUUUACUUGUAUUUCCAGAGAAAUUUCGCGACAAAUGAUACAGGUGCCGCGACUUACAAUUUUGGUGCGAAGAGUCUGCGAGAACCCCUUCGAUGUCGAUGCUGGCAUAGAAGCAUUAGCACUAGCGGAACAUCUCUAUUGCAGCUAUUCCGACAUAAUAACCCCGAGGAUCGUCGCGGCAUUGAGCAAGCGCGCAACGUGGGUGGAAACGCUUGAUAAAGAUCUGGCAAGAUACUGCCCACAAUCGUUGGAGUUUCAGUGGUAUAACAUAUUCGAGGGCCUAGUUCGCUGCUAUUGUGUACGAAUUCUGGUCUGUAGUCUUUGUACGACACUAAGAAGUACUUUCCCGUUCUCGCGGAUCCUCCAGACUGCGGACUUGGAAGAGGAGGAAGCACAUUGCGCAAGAUUGAUAGCGGCAUCAGCGCAAUACGCGGAAAAACAGGACACACCGCCGGUAGGCCCGCUCAUCAUGCGAAUGCCUCUUCAAGUGUCAUAUGGUACCUGGUGGCGAAGAAGAGAACACGACGCCUUGAAGGAUGUCCAGGUUGAGAAGCGAGCGGAAGCCAUAGUCAUGGAAGAAUGGUGCGUCAGAAAGCUGAACGAGUUCAUCAAGGUGUUGAACGGAGACGCGAUCUCGAAAAGCAAGCUUCAACGCAUGUACAUGGCAGCUGCCGGAGGCGGGCCGUGUGUGUGCAGGAAAACGUAGAGUAGUCAAUUCGUGCGCCAAUGGUACACAAGACUUUGAUCCUAGUCUGCAUGAGUUGUACUGGAGGCGUUGGAGUACUUUGAUCUCGUGGU